UGGAGAGACGAACAAGGAGAAGGAUAGAUCAUAUUUGGCCACUGAACUCUCGUUUGAUUCGAUCUUUCGUUGAAGAAGGAAAAAGAAAAUGGAGGAUCUGAUGGGUCUUCUCAGACUUCACGUGAAGAGGGGUGUGAAUCUCGCCAUUAGAGAUGUCUCGAGCAGCGAUCCUUAUGCCGUCGUUCGUAUGGGGAAACAGAAGCUGAAAACUCGAGUGGUGAAAAAGAAUGUGAAUCCUGAGUGGAACGAAGACUUGACUCUUUCCGUGACCGAUCCGACUCUCCCCGUUAAGAUUACCGUGUACGAUAGGGACAUCUUCUCGGCCGACGACAGGAUGGGAGAGGCGGAGUUCACGAUCGGAACUUUUCUUGAAGCCAUAAAGAUCCGUCACCAGCUCGGAGGGCUCCCGGAGGGAACCAUAAUCAUGAAGGUGCAGCCGACCAGAGAGAACUGCCUGUCCGAGGAAAGCCAGAUCGUCUGGUCGAAGGGUAAAAUCGUCCAGGACAUGUUCUUGAGACUCAGGCACGUCGAGUGCGGAGAGGUCGAGCUUCAGCUCGAGUGGAUCGAUAUCCCCGGGUCGAGGGGCAUUUAGGUCAUUUCACUUCAUCCCCGGCGUUCUCGGUUGUUUGGUUUGUGAAUAUGGGCCGUAGGAGGACAAGAAUGGUUUAUAACUGAGGAAGACAGGGACAAAAAACGACCUAUGUUGGCUUCUGCUGUAGUUUUAUCUGAAUCAUGACGUUAUUGUUUCACGUGAAGAAAAUCUCUUCUGAAACAUUUGGACUGAAGAUUUGUGUCCAUGAAAAA